UCAGUAUGCUUAUCGGAUAGCAGCCGGAACGGGAGACUAAAAAUUUAUAUGAGGCAAUAGAAUAUUCAGAUAAGUGGAUACAACUUUUAAUUUCAGUAAAAAAUUUGAAACUGAAGUAAUAUUUGGAGUCGGCGUUAUAAAGAUAAAUCUACGCCUGGCAAUAUGUUUCACCACGUAGUAUCAUAUAGACGGUCUCUUGUGUUGAUACUGUGUACGAUAUUGUUUUUGGAGACUCAAGCUGAUUCAGAUAUAUGCAAGAUAUGUACUUGCAAUUCACUUACAACAAAUAUAGAUUGUGUACAUCGCAAUUUACCAUCGAUUCCACAACCAAUUCCGACGAAUGUUGAAUAUUUAACUCUGACAUGGAACAGCAUUUCAACCAUCAAAGAAGGUGCAUUCACGGGGCUUUCAAAUUUAAAAGAAUUAUCUCUGUUCAAGAACAAGAUUUCAACCAUCAAAGAAGGUGCAUUUACGGGGCUUUCAAAUUUAAAAGAAUUAAAUCUGGGAAGGAACAACAUUUCAACCAUCAAAGAAGGAGCAUUCACGGGGAUUUCAAAUUUAAACUACUUAUCUCUGUUCGAGAACAAGUUUUCAACCAUCAAAGAAGGUACAUUCACGGGGCUUUCAAAUUUAAAAUACUUAUAUCUUGGUUCCAACAGCAUUCCAACCAUCAAUGAAGGUGCAUUUACGGGGCUUUCAAAUUUAAAACAAUUGUAAGUUCGUU